AGGCAGUUUUUUGACUGAUUUGAUCCGCUUUGAAAUUGCUUUGUUUCCUCAAUAGUUUCGUAAUUGGCAACCAAUUCACGCUCCAAAACCCUUCCAUAAAUCUUCUCGUUUUCCCUCACAAAAUUCCUUUAAUCAAACCUGCAGCACCCUUGCGGCUAAAUCCAUUCUCACAACAAGUCCCCACGUUGAAACAAAAACCCCGUAGCCUUCCUUCCAACAAACCAAGCACCCACUCGCCGGAAACAGCCACAGAAACCGCCGACCCAGCCACCUGAGUCAGACGCACGGCCUUUCCUCUCUCAACCACCGAAGGGAACGUCGGAACACCUCUCAGAAGCCAGAGAACUCGCCGACCAGGCACUCCCCCAUCACCUCGCGCUAUUUCCAAAAUUUUUACCGCCGUGGUUCUCGGCCAGCCACCCAGAUCUAACAUCGCACCUCCAUUUUCACUUGCUUAUGCAUAUAUAUUGCUGCUUCUGAAAACAGAAUGGCAGCCUCUGUGGCUAUAGAGAAAACCUUUGUUUCAGGUUCAGAGGAGACAUCUAUUUCUGAAGAUUCAGACUGCAUUUUUGACAUGAGGUCACAUAGGCCAUGGAAAAGAUCACUCUUUGAUGAUGGAAAUUUUGAGCCCACUUCUUUUCCUUCUUCAAAGAAACACAGAACGGCCUUGGACGAUCGUGAUGAAGAAGAUCCACCAAUGGAUGAGGAUUACAAGAAAUUUAUGUACACCUUAGAGAAAUACUGUAAAGAGCACUUCCACUCUUUGGAGGAAGAAGUAGGAAAAGGAGAAGAAGAAGAAGAUGAAGAUAUGGAUCCUCAGUAUGGCAUGUUCAUGGAAAAUUUGAGGGAAGAUGGGAAGUCCUAUAUGCUGGAAAUCUAUGGAGAGGACGUGAUGCCACUUUGUAUAAAGUACGAAGGGGAGGACAAGCCAUCUGGUGGGAGUGGGAACAAGUGGGCAACUCCUGGAGACAAAGAAAAGAGUCACUCAGCUACUUCAGCAGGAGAAGAUAUAGCGAAUUCAGCAACGCCAAGAGAAGAUGGGAGUACCUCAACAACUACUGGAGAAAGAUAUAGCAGGAACGCCACAAUUCCAAGAGAAGAAGAUGAGAAAAUCUUAGCAACUCCAGGCAAAGAAGGCAGGAGAAACUCAUCAGUGCGAAGAGAAGAAUAUAGGAGGAAUUUGGCAACACCUAGAAAUGAAGACAGGAGAGACUCAAGAACCUCCAGAGUGAAGAAACAUUGGUGGAAUGCCACGAGGAUGGAGGGAAAAAAAAGUCUGGAAGUUCCAUACAAUGAAUCCAAUAUUAUGAAUGAGAUAAAGAUGGAGACAUCAUAUCCCACAAAUCGUGUUUCUAAUGAGGCAGAUUGGGGUUCUGCAGUAAACCCUGAGAUUUAUCAGUUACACCCAAAUCGUUGGCAACUAGAGAACAUUGCUGCGGAUAUUUUGGCCAAAUGUGGUAAAAGAUUAAGAUAUGAAAAUAAUGAUGGUGAAAGUUUUCUCCAUGCUAGAAAGAUUGUGACAAACUCAGCCGUCAAACUUGAGGAUGAUGAUGAGGGAGCUAUAGCUGGUAAAGAAAAGUUGGCUGAUACGAAAAGGUUGCCAAUGAACUCAUCUAUGGAUAUACAUAACCAGUGGCAUGCAAAGAAAAUGACCGGAGGAGCCCGUGCUCAGUUUAGGGAGAGACUUUUGGAAAUCCUUAGCAUACCUUACAACCAGAGGGAGUACAAGGAACUGUGGCAUGAGAUAACUGAUCGCAAACCAAUGAAGCGCCAUAGAGAUUUGCGUGGCCGGAUAAUAAUAUAUGAUGCAGGUCCUGGCAAAUCAUAUCUUGACUACUAUUCUGAUCUUGCUAAGAAGAUAAAUUUAGUCCGCUUGGAUCAUGCUGAAGUUCUGAAUCUUUUACGUGGAUUUUUCUAUUGGUUAAUGAAUUUGUCUCAUGAAGGGGCAUUUCAGCCCUGGUUGGAUUCGUCGUGUUUGGAAGUAGAACAGCUGGAUGCUGCCUCCGAUUAGAACUGCUGGCCAAAAAAUGAUGUAGACAAAUGGUCUCAAGUAUUUAGUUGAUAUUGAAGAUCAUAUUCAUACCACAGCUCCACAUAAUGUCAUAAGUGAUGUACAUGCUUUGAACUUAAUGCAUGUACAAUUCUUAAGCUAUUUGAUUACUUAUUCUAGCAUAGAAAUCAAUACCUACAAUUCUUAUGGUUUUUUGUCAUGACCUUUUUGGUAUACUUUGAUUCAAACAUGUACUUCAAUUUGAUAAUUAUUGUUUCAGACA